AAAAUUGACAGCCCACCGAUGAUUCGAAUACCAGGCGCUGAUACCCUUCAGCGCUCGUCGCUCUUGGACAGGCGGAAUUACUUCGACUCGACGGAUGCAAUGAUAUACGUCAUCGACAGCUCGGACAGGAAGAGGAUAGGGGAAUGCUGCACGGAGCUGGCAAACUUGCUGGAGGAUGACAAGCUGCAAGGCGUUCCCCUGUUGGUCAUGGCGAACAAGCAGGACCUUAUCAACUCCCUGCUGGCUGAUGAGGUUGCGGACGCGCUGAGCCUCCACCUUGUGAGAGACCGGCCGUGGCAGAUCCAGGGCUGCUCCGCGAAGGAAGGCACAGGGGUGCCAGAGGGGAUGGAGUGGCUGGUGAAACAAGUCAGAUGA